AUGUUGGCUGCCACGGCUACGUCUGCUUCCCCUUCAGUUAAUGUGGGCAUGCACGCUGCCUUCCCUCGCGGGCCGUAUCUGCUUGAGCUUCUUGAGACAGCUGCUGGGGAAAACUCGACUGCGUAUUUCCCACUUCUUGAUAAAAUUGCCAGUGGCCAUUUUGCAUCAGCCAAUUCAGACGCAGAGCUCUACCAUCAGUUCCUCCAAGUUCUUCAGGAAGAUAGCCAUAUCAUCACACCCGAUGCCCUUUCUACCUUCAAGCUAUCUCUUUCCCUACGGGCUGCCGCACCGCGUAUUGAAGCGCAUUACCAAUAUUACAGUACAGCUGUAAACCCAGCAUCUCAAAUAGAUGCUGCUGAUGACUGCCAGAGCUGGGCUUUGAUUGACAACCAAAAAUAUUGUUCUCCGGGGCUCGCCGCAGCUGUCGAGGGCGAAGUAGACUCCAAACAAGCAAAAGUGCUACCAUUUGAUCGUGUUCUGGGACGCGGAAAGGAUGCCAUCCUUUAUGCUGAUCCUACGCACACCUCUUUUGGUCCAUUCCAUGAUACCCUCUCCCAAGCUGCAAAGCAGGGUGGUCUCUCCUACAGACUGCGGUACCGUCGAAGCCCUGGUGCUUCCAACUCUUCCUUGCCUGUGAGCGGCUACGGUGUUAAAUUGGAUCUGAAGCGGACUGAUUACAUCGUAAUCGAUGAUCGUGAACCAGGCCAUGAGGCCCAAAGACAACCUGUUAUGGCAGAUGUUGAUCUUGACACUAAUGAGGAGGUUGCUGACCUGAAGCCUCUUUCGUCUUCUGAGCUUGCAUCUCUGGGUCUCAAGACUGCGUCUUUCAUCCUCAAGAGCGAUAACCCCCUCGAUGCUUUGGUAAAAUCGACACAAGACUUUCCCAAGUUCUCAGCGUCCAUUGCCUCCCACGAGGUUACUCAAGGGUUCGCCGAGGAACAAGAGAAAAACACGGCAGCUGGUGUCCCUAGUGGAAUCAACUUCCUUUGGAUGAACGGCGUUCAGCUCAUUGAGCGCCAGAUUGAACCGUUCACACUCAUAGAAAUGAUUCGGCGUGAGCGCAAACUUAUCGAUGGUGUACGCGAACUUGGCCUCGAUGGCCAACAGGCUGUCUCACUCUUGGGUCAUUCCGAGAUUGCCAGUUCUAAAUCUGAUGAUGAACCUCCAAGAUUUGACUGGACUGAUCGGCUGGAGGAUGGGAAAGCUGUCAUGUGGCUCAACGACCUUGAGAAUGAUGCCCGAUAUCAAAAGUUCCCCAGCGAUUUGACUGCUCUCCUCCAGCGCGCAUAUCCAGGUCAGCUUCCACAGGUCGCCCUCAACCUCUUCCAUGUUGUUGCACCCGUCGAUUUUACCAACCUUGAAGAUGGGAGAGCUUUUGGGCAGUUAGCCCAGUUCAUGCAACGCGGGAUCACUAUAAGAUUCGGUAUUGUUCCUUUAGCCACCACUCCUGCCUCUAUCGCUCAAGCCAAGGUUGUCUAUCAUUUGAUGGAAACUUAUGGCUUUGAAUCUCUAAUUACUUAUCUACAAGAGAGCGAAGAGGGCCCCGAGGGUGCGGCGGAUAAGAGGUCGUUCGCCAAAGCCAUCGAUGGACGAGAACUGCUGCCAACAAAGACUAAGAUGACCUUGAGCGAAGUUCUUGAGGCCGAGUCUUACGUGCAGAGAAUUAAGGCAGGCCAGGCCUGGGCAAGUCGCCUCAACGCCGACACCGCUGUGCGCCCAAUUCUCGUUAAUGGCAUGGCUAUCCCACGCGAAAAGAAUUGGGUGCAGGUAAUGGGCCAGCGGUUGACUGAGGAUCAGCAGACAAUCCAGAAAGCUGUGUACUUUGGGCACAUUAAUGAGGAGGCACCCGUUUCAGAUCUCUUUCUUAACAUUGCUCUUUCAAAGAGAAAUGCCUAUAUCUUCCCUGAUGACGACAAGACUCUUCGUGUCCUGGAUGUCAACAAGCUCUACACAGACCAUGCGGGGCUAUUUGGUAGAAUAGCUGUCUUGCCUGCCGCUGCUGAGAGUGCCAAAGAAGACUGGACGGUACUCACCGUCAUUGCCGAUCUCAACACUGACGAUGGGCAAGAUCUCCUGCUUACUGCUCUUGAGUUCAAACGCAACAACCAGGGAGCCCGGCUUGAUCUUGUUCACAAUCCUUCUUCAACUUCAAAUGCCCAUGCCAUCAACGGUGCAUUCAAGCUCAGCGAGGUUAAACUUGCAGGGAUGAGGUGCAAGGACGAUCUGAAGGCUGUGCUCGAAGCAUCAUGGACAGCGGAAGACGACGGGUUUGGUGCCGCUCUAGCUAACUUUCUGUCUACUUCCAACAUUCAACCUGGAACAAAGGGUUUGCUCCUCAAUGGUCGAUUCGUCGGUCCCUUACCAUCUAGUGUGUCUUUCAAAGAUGACGACCUGGAGCAGCUUUUGGAAUUUGAACGACGCAAUAGGAUCCUUCCCGUUUAUGCCGCGAUCAAAGAACUCGGCUUCACGGAUAAAUUGUCCGAUCCCAUUGCUGCUGCGAAGCUCACCUCCAUCACGGCGCUUUCUACUAUCUCGGACCUUCCUCAGGGUAUAUUUGAGUCCGCCCCAUCGAUACGAAGUACCCUCUAUAGCACUUGGAAUUCAAAGCACAGCUGUAUUGAGGUCGGCAAACCGGAAACUGCGAGCGUCCAUAUCGUUGGUCUCGUCAAUCCCACUAGUGAACAAGGACAGAGAUGGGCUCCUAUCCUCAAGGUCCUGUCAGAACUUGAUGGUAUAUACCUGAAGCUCUUCAUGAAUCCAAAGGAAUUGACAGGGGAACUCCCCAUUAAGCGAUUCUUCCGCUACGUGCUUGAUUCCACGCCAUCCUUUGACGAUUUUGGUCACGUUAACAGCCCCAAGGCUACUUUCAAGGGCCUUCCUUCAGAAGUACUAUUGACAGCAGGCAUGGACGUCCCUCCUGCUUGGCUGGUGGCUGCCAAAGAUUCCAUCCAGGAUUUAGACAACAUUAAGCUUAGCUCUGUCAAGACAGAUAUCGAUGUGGUUUACGAAUUAGAGAACGUUCUCAUUGAAGGCCACUCGAGAGAUGGCAAGCGGGGUGCUCCAAGGGGUGCGCAAUUGGCGUUGACAACCGAAAACGAUCCUCUUAUAACAGAUACCAUUGUUAUGGCUAACCUCGGGUACUUCCAGUUCAAGGCCAAUCCCGGAUUCUAUAGCAUCCGACUCAAGGAAGGCCGCAGCUCAAAGAUCUUCACUAUUGAGAGUGCUGGCGCCCAGGGCUAUGCUCCUGUACCUGGAGACGAAGGCACAGAUAUUGCACUCAUGGACUUCAAGGGUACAACCUUAUACCCACGGCUAAAUCGCAAGCCCGGAAUGGAAGAGGCUGAUGUUCUCGAGUCGCCCGAUAAUGAGAGGGAUGGCAUUGUUGCCAAAGGUCUCAAGUUUGCGGAAAGUCUCCUUGGAGGCGCCAAAUCGUCCAAGGAAAUCUCAGCUCAAGAACAUGCUGAAAUCAACAUCUUUAGCGUUGCUAGCGGCCACUUGUAUGAACGCAUGCUCAACAUCAUGAUGGUUUCAGUUAUGCGGAAUACCAAACAUACAGUCAAGUUCUGGUUCAUUGAGCAGUUCCUCUCCCCAUCGUUCAAAGAAUUCAUCCCUCAUAUGGCAGCUGAGUACGGGUUUAAGUACGAGAUGGUUACCUACAAAUGGCCUCACUGGCUUCGUCAACAAAAGGAAAAGCAGCGCGAGAUAUGGGGAUACAAGAUCCUAUUCCUUGAUGUAUUGUUUCCUCUCUCCCUGGACAAAGUCAUCUUUGUUGACGCGGAUCAAAUUGUUCGGACCGACAUGAUCGACCUUGUGAACCAUGAUCUUGAAGGCGCACCAUAUGGUUUCACGCCCAUGUGCGACUCACGUACAGAAAUGGAAGGCUUCAGAUUCUGGAAGCAAGGUUACUGGGCGAAUUAUCUUCGCGGACUACCAUACCAUAUUUCGGCGCUCUACGUUGUCGACCUUAACCGCUUCCGCCAGCUAGCAGCAGGAGAUCGCCUUCGACAACAGUACCACACACUUUCAGCUGACCCCAACAGCUUGUCUAACCUGGAUCAAGAUCUCCCAAAUAAUAUGCAGUUCGCCAUUCCAAUCCACAGUCUUCCUCAGGAGUGGCUCUGGUGCGAAACCUGGUGCAGCGAUGAGAGUUUGACUGGGGCACGCACUAUCGACCUUUGCAACAAUCCUCAAACCAAGGAGCCAAAGCUCGAUCGUGCAAAGCGUCAGGUCCCGGAGUGGACUGUUUACGACAAUGAGAUUGCGGCCCUCGAUCGACGGCGUAAGGGUGUUGCGGGUAAGAACGAAAACAAUGAAAGCAGAGAAUCGGAGAAUAGAGCACAUGCAAAGGAUGAGCUCUAG